CGAAAAUGGUCCACCAAUGCAAGAACAAGAUGUCGAUGUGACUAGUGCAGCCGCUGAAUUGCAAAAUGCCUCUGCAAAUGGGGGCAGUGAUCAGGAACAUCAGGAUGAAAGUCUUCCUGUUCCUGAUGCAGUGGCGCCUCUAGCCAGCACAUCCUCCAAUGGCGAACAACCAGAUCCGCCACUCUCAAAGUCACAACAGAAAAAGCUCAAGCGAAAAGCAGAAUGGGAGGCCAAGCGUGAAGACCGUAAAGCAGAUCGCAAAGUGAAGCUGCAAGCCAAGCGCGAGCGGAAACGCGAAGAAAGGCAGCAAGCGAUCGAGAAGGGCAUUCCACUUCCGACCCCAGCCAAGGCCAUCUACAAGAGGGCAACUCAACUCCCAGUCACGAUUCUGGUGGACUGCAAUUUUGACGACCUCAUGCACGAUGGCGAGCGGACGUCGCUGGGCUCGCAAAUCACGAGAUGUUAUUCGGACAACAAGAAUGCCCAGUUCCGCGCACAUCUGACCAUUUGUUCCUUCGGCGGGAAGCUGAAGGAGCGCUUUGAAACUGUCCUGAGUGCUCAAUACAAGCUCUGGAAAGGGGUCCGAACGUUCGAAACCGGCUUUGUGGAGACGGCAGAGAAGGCGAAAGAGUGGAUGUCAAGCGAGCAGGGUGGCAAGUUAGAAGGUGUGUUUACGAAAUAUGAGGGCUUGGACGAGGUGGCAAUCCAGAAAUUGAAGGAUGAGGGCGAAAUUGUGUACUUGUCGUCGGAAGCCACCACGGACCUGCGGGAGCUCAAACCGUACAGCACGUACAUCAUUGGAGGUCUGGUUGACAAGAAUCGCGAGAAGGGUAUCUGUCAUAGACGAGCGACCAAUGCUGGCAUUAAGACUGCGAAGUUGCCGAUCGGCGAGUACAUGGACAUGGCAAGCCGAAAGGUCUUGGCUACCAAUCAUGUCAACGAAAUUUUGAUGAAAUGGUUGGAAUGUGGAGAUUGGGGCGAAGCAUUCUUCAAAGUCAUGCCCAAGCGCAAGGGUGGAACGCUGAAGACUGCGGCGGCGCGCGACGUAGAGGAAGAUGAUCAGGAGGACAUUUCAGCCAAUCAGGGUGCUGAAGCCGAAAAAGAUCAAGGUGGUGAAGAUUCGAAUGAUGUCGAAGAAGCUGGCGACCCCAUGCAGGUACACAGUGACACGGCUCCUGAAGUGUCGGAUGCAGGUGAGACUCGCUCGUCGUAGCGUGGGUUUCAUGAAGGCAUCAUCAAGGCAACAUGCACGGUAUCUGGCAAGAUUUUGGGGCAUGUACCGCAAGAUCAGAUGCACCUGUAUCCAACCUCCUCUUCCUCGCCGGGCUUUACUAAUCUCAAGGUUACGGGCGGGGAAUUGACCUCGCCAAGCUGCUAAGCUUCGUGUGAACAGUGGAGAGGGUGGUGAAUAGGUUGAGAAUGACGAUACCCACAAGUGUCUUCAAAGGCCACCAGUUGCCGGAUCAUGCACGUUGACAGUGAUGAGUCUUGGCGAAAACAGCACAACUCCGCACAGGAACAUGAUCGCCACGCCAAGUUCAUCGAUGGAAAGGGUGAUGCAGAUACUGAUGCAAAUCUUCGCCUCGAGUCUGCAAGACAGUACGGCCAUAUGGGUACGACGUCUACUCCUUUAUUAAAGACGACGCCCUGAAGGCCAUAGUUCCAAAUCGGGGAGGCAUCCCAACGGAUUUGCAGCGGAUAUACUCCACAGCUGAGGGGAUUCCGGGGCACCUAUCGGCCUGAGAGGGCCGGGAACAGGACGAGGACUUCAAAGAUCUAGAGGCUCGGCGGAUAGCCACCAUCAAGCCCGCUCGAGCAAUUUGUACUGGAAGUGUACGUCCAGCGCCACUGAUCGGACAGCGCUAUCACCGAGCGGUUCAACAAGAUCAGUACAGCCGAAGUCGUGCAGCAGCGGCAGGCAGUUGGUCAAAUGAUCGAGAAGCAGGUCGGAAGCAGUAUCUAAUGCACCCGCUCGAAGGUGUUACUACUGACCUGGGCAUAUUCUCGCUGGUUGCACAUUGUCUCUGUCAUUUCGAGAAGCGUCCUUGGUCUCGGCAGUCAGCGCUUGACAAGACAACGGACAAGCCACAGCUUGUUGGCGCAACGCUUAACCUGACCUCAUCAACCACCCUCCUUCAGAUACACUUCUCGUAUUGUGCUAACCAUAC